CUUCCGGACGAAGUCCUUAGCCGAAACUAGGCGCUAAAUCCAGACUGUUGUACACUAAAAUGUCGGCCUGCUGUGUGUCCGGCUGUAAAAAUCGGCACUCCUUAAACAGCAAACUCAAAUUUUACAGAAUACCGUCUGGAUACCGGCCGUUUCAGGCCAACCGGAGACGUUUAUGGCUACAAGCAAUACAACAAGUGAACGGCAGCACCGAGGAGCUCAAAGGGAAUGUUCGUAUUUGUGGCGCUCAUUUUAUAUCAGGGGAGGCGUCCAUGGACCACGACAGUCCUGACUUCGUCCCCUCUGUGUUUACAUGCGCUGCAAAGAGUACCAAGAAAAACGUGAAAAGAUUUUUUGGUCAUAGAAGAAGAAGGCGCCACCCUAAAGCCAAUGCAGAAAAAGAAGAAACACCACCCACAGACAGUUCUCCAACUGACCUCCAGGCAUCUGUUUUGAUGGAAACUGAACUUCCAGAAGAAAUACAGACAUCAUCAACCCUUUCAGUGCCAAAGGAAGGGGAAACAUUGACUAAAGAGGCUGAGGCUGAAACUGGAACUAAAACAACAUCUGACCCAAACAAGACAUCAGAAUCAUAUAAAGUGCCAACAGGCAUCCUAAAACUACACAACACGAGGCCUGUUGUGCUCCUAAAACGUCUAGUUGUACCAUCAGGUGAGUAUCAGUGCACGCUGUGCAAUCAAAACUUCAUCAGUGUAUCUCAGCUUGACAAACACAAACAGCUGCAUGAAGAAGAAAAGUCCUUUAUCUGUGAAAAAUGCGGAAAGCACUUCACAAAUCAGGCUGAUUUCACCGAGCACCAGUGUGACGACAUUGACGAGCCCUCCUUUCAGUGCAACAUGUGUGAUCGGUCUUUCACUACAAGCCAUAACCUCAAGCGUCAUAAACUGCUGCAUGUCAAAGAUGGCAGGAAGUGCAGCAGGUGUGGCGUGUUGUUCUGUCAACGUCACGGCCACGUCUUUUUCAAGCUGCAGGAUGAGUCUGAACAGGAUUCCUCCAACAAUGAGCUGCAAAAUGUCGACAGUGAUAUGAUGCCAGAAAACAGCCUGCUGGUGAAGUCUGAGCAGAGCCAUACUGAUGACCUGAAUGAUGAUGCACAGAACACCGGGACUGUAACACCUUUGCUGACAGCUACUGCAACUGCACCCCCACACCCUGGACCUUUAUCCAAGACCUUUAAGGCCCCACCUCCAGCCUCACACACAAGAAUCUUAUUAGAAAUCCCUGUGCCGGUGUUGCUGAAACCUUCUCUUAUGCUAGAUCCACCUCCACCCCCACCAAUCCCCAUGCACUCAGGAAACCCAGGAACAUCUUCUCAGCAUGUGCCACCCAUGCCCAACUGUUCUGCAACCUUCGUCCAACCCUCUCUCCCCCAGCAUCCAGAACUCCCACCCUCACUAAAGCUUUUUUCACCUCAGUACCUCACCUCAGCAUUACUUGAGGUUAAAAGAAAUUAUGAAUAUAUUUUAAGCAAACCGGGAGACGUUAAGAACAAGGUUAAGAAGGAAAUUGUAAAGGAGGAACCGUGUGAGCUGCCACUGAUGUCUCCAGGGGAGCAAAGUGUUGAGAAAGUGAAAAAUGAAAGAAUUGCUUAUGACCUGGAGAUUGUGGUCUGAUCUAAAUCUAGUUGGAGACAAAUUCUUGCUUUUAAAACAGGCUUUGUUUGGUUGAUACUACAACAAA